GCCUUACAUUUGGUAGAAAUAUCUUUAGUUUCACACGAUGCACAAAGCUACUGGGACAAGAAACUGAGUAGAUUUUUUAAGAUUAACACCUCUUGCAAAACAGUUUUCCUGUCUGAAAAUGAAAGCACAUACAUGGACCUGCAUUUGGCUUUUACUUGCAGAGCUAUACAACAUCACAUAUUCACAAAACAACAUUAAUUGGGAGAUUCAACGAUAUGACGGCUGGUAUAAUAAUCUAUACCAACACAACCGAGGAUCUGCAGGUUCUAGACUUCUGCGUCUUGUGCCAGCUGCCUACUCUGAUGGAGUUUAUCAAGCAAUCCAAGAACCACAACUUCCUAACCCAAGGAAAAUUAGUAAUGUGGCCAUGAAAGGGGAUUCAGGCCUCUCUUCUAACCGCAACCGCACAAUUCUUGGAGUAUUUUUUGGAUACCAUGUAUUUUCUGAAAUUAUUAGUACAGAAAAUUCGGGAUGCCCUUCUGAGUUUCUGAAUAUUGCAGUACCUAAAGGGGAUGAAAUAUUUGACCCAAAUGCCACUGGUCAAGUAAUGCUGCCAUUUCAACGCAGUCAGUGGUGGAAAUGUAGUGGAGAAAGUCCAAAUAAUCCGAGGCACCAGAUAAACUCUGUUACAGCAUGGAUAGAUGGAAGUUCAAUAUAUGGUCCAUCCCAUUCUUGGAGUGAUGCUUUAAGAAGUUUCUCUGGUGGGAAGCUUGCAUCUGAUUUCGACCCCCUGUUUCCAAAAGAAGCAGAUGAUGCACUUUUAAUGUGGAGAGCACCAGAUCCUUCCACAGGACAGAGAGGAAAGGAAGGGAUAUAUGGUUUUGGCAAUGCAAGAGCCAAUGAGAAUCCUUUUCUUCAAGCAGUAAGCAUUCUCUGGUUCAGAUACCAUAACCAUCUUGCACAGCAAUUUGCUGAAGAAUAUCCUGAGUGGUCAGAUGAAGAUGUAUUUCACCAUGCUAGAAAAUGGAUAAUUGCCACGUAUCAGAAUGUUGUGAUGUAUGAAUGGCUCCCUGCAUUUCUUCAGAAGCAAGUGUCAGCGUAUAAUGGAUACAAUCAACAUGUGGAUGCAAGUCUCUCUCAUGAGUUCCAGGCUGCUGUCCAGUUUAUGGCAACACUCUUACCAGCAGGGAUAUACACAAGAAACAAGACCUGCCAUUUUCACAAAGUCCAAGGCUCUGAUGGUGGUUUCUGGCCAGCUUAUCGUUUGUGUGACAGUUAUUGGAAAAGAAAAAAUCCAAACAUCAAGAGUGCCCAAGAUAUUGAUGAUUUGCUCCUUGGAAUGAUUUCCCAGAUUGCAGAAAAGGAAGAUAAUGUUGUUGUUGAAGAUUUAAGAGAUUAUUGGUAUGGAACUCUGAAAUAUACCCGUAUGGAUUACAUCUCAUGGAGUAUACAGCAAGGAAGAGACUUUGGACUGUGUAGUUACAAUCAUGCAAGACAAUAUUUUGGACUUCCUCCUAUUGCAAACUGGAGUAUCAUCAAUCGAUAUCUGUACCAGAGAAAUAAAAAGUUAUUCGAAGAUCUUGCAAAUCUGUACAAUAAUGACCCUGAAAAGCUAGAACUUUUUCCUGGUGUGAUGUUGGAGUGUGAUGGAGACCCUGGUGAACUCCUCACUGCUAUAAUUACAGAUCAAUUUCAACGACUAAGAGAUGGAGACAGAUUUUGGUUUGAAAAUCUAAAGAAUGGGCUAUUUACCUUGGAGGAAAUAGAAAAGAUUAAGAAAACCACUUUUCAUGAUGUAAUUUUGUCUGUUACCUCAGCAGACCGUGGGGAUUUUCAGCUAGAUGUGUUUAAGUGGGUUAAUGGAGACCCUUGCCCUCAACCAGAGCAAAUAUCAGCACAGAUGCUUGCCAACUGCACUCCACCAACAGUGACUGAUUACUUUGCUGACAGUAUAACAGGAUAUAGUAUUCUUAUUGCUGUCAUAUGUUCAUUUCCCUUAGUUAGUUUUUUAAUUGCUUGGAUGGUUGCUCGUUCCCGAAGAAGAGACUUUAUAAAGUUUCAAAAAAGGAGGGCACUUCAAAGCAUAAGACAGUCCCUGCCAGCUGAAGGGAUACCAGCUCAAGAAUGGCAAGGACCCAAAGAACCAAUAUGCAGUGUUAUUUUACAAAUAGACCCUCAAAAUGUUAUCAAAGUUUUAGAUUCCAGAUGCGCCAUUAGAAGGACCAUCACUUUGCAGAGCCAGAAAAAUGUAAUUGUGAUCCAGUCAAACAACCAUGGCUCCAAAACAUUGCUCAUUAAGAUCCCCAAAGAAUAUGAUUUGGUGCUGUUUUUCCACAAUGAGGAAAAAUGCAAAGAAUUCAUUAACCAGCUACAAGAGAACGGAAUUGAACUACAUCAAUACAAAAAGAGUGAAAAACAUCUGAUGAAAGACGCUGUAACAAAAAAACAAAGAGGCCAUAUAUUGGAAACAUUCUUUCGACAGUCAUUUGCCCAGGUUCUUCAUAUCAGUCGAUCAGACGUUACGGGUAGUAGUAGUGCAAAGGUGAAAGAAGCACUUAAGUGUGAAUUAAGCAGGACUGAAUUUGCUGAAUCACUGGGACUAAAGCCACAGUCCAUGUUUGUGGAGUCAAUGUUCUCUCUAGCAGAUGAAGAUGGGAAUGGGUAUUUAUCCUUCAGAGAAUUCCUGAAUAUAUUACUGAUUUUUAUGACAGGUACUCCUAAAGAGAAAUCUGAAUUGAUGUUUAAGAUGUAUGAUAUUGAUGGGAAUGGCUUUCUUUCAAAGGAGGAAUUUUUCACUAUGUUAAAAUCUUUUAUUGAAAUAUCUAACAACUGCAUCUCAAAAGACCAAACAGAGCAGGUGAUUGAGAUAAUGUUCAGAGAUUCUGGCUUCCAAAAUAAAGAAGAACUAACACUGGAAGAUUUCCACUACCUUCUCCGAGAUCAUGACAAGGAACUCCGCUUUUCCCAACUUCGUUUCAAAGGUAUGGAUCCUCCUGAGGUCUUCAAUCAAAUGUGUAGAAGAGUUUCUUUUGUAGAUAAAACUGAUACAAGACAGACAUCAUCAUCAGAGGCCCUUCUGUAUACAGAGGCCAAAAAGGAAAAAUACCCAAAAGGCAUAAUACAUCAGAAAUUGCAAGAAUUCAGACGCUUCAUUGAAAAUUACCGGCGGCAUAUAAUCUGUGUAGUGAUUUUCUAUGGAAUUUCUAUUGGGCUGUUUGUAGAGAGAGCACACCAUUAUGCUUUUGAAUCACAUCACAGGGGUAUUUCUGAAGUCACAAUGCCUGGUAUCAUUGUUGCAAGAGGCACAGCUGCCAGCAUAUCAUUUAUGUUUUCUUACAUCCUGCUCACCAUGUGCCGAAACCUUAUUACUUUUCUAAGAGAGACAUUCUUAAAUCAGUAUAUCCCCUUUGAUGCAGCAGUGGAUUUCCACCGCCUUGUGGCCAAGACAGCUAUUGUACUAACAGUAUUACAUAGUGUGGGCCAUGCAGUCAAUGUGUAUAUGUUUUCCAUUACCCCCCUCAGCACUCUGUCUUGCCUGUUUCCUAAGAUAUUUGUUAAUGAUGGGUCUGAAUUGCCUCAGAGGUAUUACUGGUGGUUCUUCCAGACCAUACCAGGUCUCACUGGUGUGCUACUUUUGGCAGUCCUUGCAUUAAUGUAUGUGUUCUCAUCUCACCAUUUCCGUCGGAACAGUUUUCGUGGAUUCUGGGUCACCCAUCAUUUUUAUAUACUGCUGUAUAUCUUGACUAUACUUCAUGGCAGUUUUGGCCUAUUACAGCAACCAAAAUUCCAUGUUUUUUUAAUGGCUCCUGCUCUUAUCUUUAUUGGGGACAGUCUCAUAAGCCUGAGCAGAAAAAAGACAGAGAUAAAUGUAAUAAAAGCUGAACUACUUCCGUCAGAUGUCACUUGCCUACGAUUCCAACGACCUGCAGACUUUGAUUAUAAAUCUGGGCAAUGGGUUAGAAUUGCGUGCCUUGCUUUAGGAACCAACGAAUACCACCCAUUUACCUUAACAACUGCUCCUCAUGAAGACACCUUGAGUUUGCAUAUUAGAGCUGCUGGCCCUUGGACUACUCGAUUGCGUGAACUUUACAGUCCUCAGAGUGUGAGUGACCUUGGUGGAUAUCCAGAGAUAUACCUUGAUGGACCAUUUGGGGAAGGUCACCAAGAGUGGAAUAAAUAUGAAGUCUCAGUUCUUGUUGGAGGAGGAAUAGGAGUGACUCCUUUUGCGUCUAUCCUGAAAGAUUUGGUUUUUAAGCCAUCUGUCAACUCAAAAAUUGCUUGUAAAAAGAUAUAUUUUAUCUGGGUAACCCGUACUCAGCGACAAUUUGAGUGGUUUGCUGACAUCAUUAGAGAGGUGGAAGAGAAUGAUAAGUGUGAUUUGGUUUCUGUCCAUAUCUAUAUCACUCAGCUCGCUGAAAAGUUUGACCUUCGAACCACAAUGCUGUAUAUUUGUGAGCGCCACUUCCAGAAAGUAUUGAAUCGGAGUUUAUUUACUGGGUUGAGAUCUAUCACACAUUUUGGAAGGCCACAGUUUGAGCCAUUUUUUAUUUCACUCCAGGAAGUUCAUCCAGAGGUCCGCAAGAUUGGAGUAUUUAGCUGCGGCCCUCCGGGAAUGACAAAAAAUGUGGAAAAGGCAUGUCAGAUGGUUAAUAAGGAAAACCAAGCACAUUUUAGCCAUCACUUUGAAAAUUUCUAGACGCUUUUCUCAUUUACAGUUUUGAAGGGAGUAGCUCUAACACUGGCUCAGCUACAUGUUCUGCUUUCACUGAAAAACACAACUCUCAAUUUUUUAUUCUUUUUUUAACUAUGGGACUGAUUAAAAUCGAGGAGAAAAAUCGUUAAA